AUGGACCCUUCCAGCUUCAGACUAUCCGCGGGUAUCCAUCUACUGGACCAACCGCUGCGUGGCCUGUUAGUUGCGGACAAGAAGCUGCACUUCUGGCGCAGGCGGUCUCUGACUCGAGCGCUAAGUACGUGGGCUCGGCUGUGCUGCGAGUUUAACAUCACCCGAGCGAAGCGUAGUCGUUUGAUCGCUUUGAAAACACAAGCACAAGCUCGAGUAGCCGAGCAGCGAGCCAUCCACGACGAAAUUGACCGGCAGAAAGUAGCGAGAAGCGAGGCAGCCGCGGAGCUGUUGGCUCUGUUAGCCAAGUCUCGAGAGGCUCAGGAGCAGCGCAGCCAGCGACGACAGCUGUAUGCGCAGCGACUUGCCAGCGCCGUCAAGCAGCGGGAUCUCGCGCAGGCUUGCGUGGCGAAGCAGCAGAGUGCGGUGAAGACAUUGGAGAUCGAGUUGCAAGAGAUCGAGGAGCUGCUGACAGAAGCUCGUCAGGCUCAAGAAGACUGUGCGCAAUACGCUCGCGAGCUGCACGUGCUCAAACGGCAGGUCGAGAACGCGUCCGUCAAGAUUAAUGCUGUUCGUUUCAACCAGCAGCACAACGCGGAGCCUCUAGGAAGCACUCGGCAAGACCAGGCGCUUCAACCGACCUUGUCCCAGCGCAGUGUGCCCCCGACACCGAUGAAGAAGACCCCUCGACUGCGAGAAGACACCGUGAAUAGUAACAACUCGGUGCCGCGUAGUCGAGGUGAGAGCAGUGUCGUACUAGGCCAGCAGUAUGUGUGUGACGUUCCGGGGUGCACGUGUGGCAUCCCGCGCGACGUAUUCCUCCGCAUUGGUGCUGCGCUGAACGACGAGUAA